GCAGCCGGGGCGGCCAUGCUGCGGCCCAAGGCCCUGACGCAGGUGCUCAGCCAGGCCAACACCGGCGGCGUCCAGAGCACGCUGCUCCUGAACAAUGAGGGGUCCUUGCUGGCCUACUCUGGCUAUGGGGACACAGAUGCCAGGGUCACCGCAGCCAUCGCCAGCAACAUCUGGGUGGCCUACGAGAAUGGGCACCAGGCAUUCAAUGAGGACAACCUCAAAUUCAUCCUCAUGGACUGCAUGGAGGGGCGAGUGGCCAUCACACGGGUUGGCAAACCUGCUGCUCUGCAUGUAUGCCAAGGAAACAGUGGGAUUUGGGAUGCUGAAGGCCAAGGCGCAGCACUGGUGCAGUACCUGGAGGAGCCACUCACACAGGUGGCCGUAUCCUGAGCAGGGCAGCAGAGGGCUCUGAGGUGCUGCCAGGCUUUGACACCAUCACUGGCGUGGGUGGAGGGUGAGCGGCCCCAUGGGCAUCCCAGAGCUCUGGUGUGGCCUUAAAAAUAAGGUGGGGGGAGCACAAAACCUGGGAGUAAUAAAAAUGUAUCUGAUG